UAUUUAUUCUGCAAACCAUUUAACCAGGAAAGCUCUAUAAAUAAAACAGUAGCGAUGAUAAUUAUUAAACGUUACAUUAUUAUUUCUUAACUCAUAAGCUCAUCAUAAUUUUAUCUCUUUUAUCCAUUAGCACAGGGUUUUAUGUGCAGACAGUGCUGAUCAAAUGGAUUACACCGAUACUUUUGAGUGAAGCAGGUGACAAAAACCAAGGCUUCGUCACUGAGAGUGCACAGAUUUCCCAGCUUGUGCUUGUCCCCUGAACGCCGCGGUGCUGCUGCGUCGCCCUCCGCCUCUGUCCGCGAGCUCUCGGCCUGUCGGUCCCGGAGAACCCCGAGCCGCCGCACCUGAAGCCAGGUUGAGUGACAGUUUCGUCCCAGGAUCCUCGGCUGUUCCCCUCCUCUGCCCCCCCCAGUCGAGGCACCAUGAGUGUAUGAUGUCUCUCAGCAGCUGCUAUGGCCUGCAGCAGCAACACUGAGCCUCUGGAGGGUUUCCAUGAGGUCAACCUGGCCUCGCCCACCACACCUGACCUGCAGAGCCAGGCGGAGCAGCAGCGCCCCCCCAGCCGGCACAGCGCCCCCCCCAGCUCCCUGUACCGCGCCCCCGCUCUGACGGCGCCGCCCCCCGGCCCCCCCAGCACCCUGCGGGCCGACCAGCUGCCCACCCAGCCCGUCUACUCCACACCCAGGCUCAGCCACAAUGGAAGCGUCCCGGGCCUGGAGGCGGAGCCUGUGGAGGGCGGGGACGAGGGCGAGGAGGGCGGGGCCCUGAGCGACGGCCUCUCGAGGCUCCGCAGCCCCUCGGUGAUGGAGGUCAGAGAGAAAGGAUACGAGAGGCUGAAGGAGGAGCUGGCCAAGGCCCAGAGGGAGCUGCUGUUGAAGGAUGAGGAGUGUGAGAGGUUGUCUAAAGUCAGAGACCAGCUGGGCCAGGAGCUGGAGGAGCUCACCGCCAGCCUCUUCCAGGAGGCACAUAAGAUGGUCAGAGAGGCCAACGUCAAACAGGCGAAUGCUGAAAAACAACUGAAGGAGGCACUGGGCAAGAUCGACGUGCUCCAGGCCGAGGUCCUGGCCCUGAAGACGCUGGUCCUCUCCUCGCCCACCUCCCCUGUGGCCGACCUCCCCGGCGCCGUGGGGGCCGGCGGCGGCGGCGGCGUGAAGACGCCCUUCAGGAAAGGUCACGGCAGGAACAAGAGCACGUCGUCCGCCAUGUUGGGCAGCCAACCAGACCCGUCUGCCACCCAGCCCAUCGUCAGGGACUGCAGGGAGGUGGACGGUCAGCUGUUCGGCGAGUUCAAGGCGUGGAAGGAGGAGCCGACGCUGGACAGGAGCUGCAGCUUCCUGGAGAGAGUCUACAGGGAGGACAUCUACCCCUGCCUGACCUUCAGCAAGAGCGAGCUGGGGUCGGCCAUCUUGGAGGCGGUGGAGCAGAACACUCUGAGUGUGGAGCCGGUCGGCUUCCAGCCGCUGCCCGUCGUCAAGGCGUCAGCUGUGGAGUGUGGAGGCCCCAAUGGGCGCCGAGCCGAGCUGCUCACGAAGUGUGCGCUCAGCGGUCAGACCAAAACCUGUAAGCACAGAAUCAAGUUUGGAGAUUCAUCCAACUAUUACUACGUUUCUCCCUACUGUAGAUACAGAAUCACAUCAGUGUGUAAUUUCUUCACCUACAUUCGCUACAUACAGCAAGGGCUGGUCAAACAGCAGGACGCAGAGCAGAUGUUCUGGGAGGUGAUGCAGCUGCGUAGGGAGAUGUCCUUCGCUAAGCUCGGCUUCUACAAAGACCAGCUGUGACUGACGGACAGCCCCGCCCUCCAAUCAGCUCACACCUGUCCCCGAGGCCCCGCCCACCUCCCGUCUCUCCGCCGUCUGUUGUUUCAGGAAGAGACCCUCCCUCUCAGUGUGUGUGUGUGUGUGUGUGUGUGUGUGUGUGUGUGUGUGUGAGACCAACAUGUGCAGCUGCUGCUGUGUGACCUUUAACCUUCACAUUCGAACAAAUAAAACUACUUCCUGUCUUUCCGUUGGCCCGGUGGUUCUCAAGCUGUGGGUCGGAGCCCGCGGGGGGCCGCGUCAUGAUUUCUGGGGGCCAGAUAAUUUAUUUUCACUGUUUGUGUUUAUUAUGAGUCGUGUAAUGAGUUUGAUUAUUUAUGUGUUUUUUUUUUUGUUCCUUUAUUGUGAAACGCUGCGAACGACGAAUCAAACACACAAGAGGAAGUCACUGAUUGGCUGAAGCAAAUCAAAUCCCAGAGAUUUAAAUCUGACCCCGCCCACUUCCUGCUGUGAGACGGAGCCACACGGGGUGCAGUUCAGUGUUGUGACCAGCGGGGGGCAGCAGAGCUCAGGGGUCCACUUUUCCCUGUCAGCUCAGAGAAAUGUGGCUCAUCUGACUCUGCUUUAGCUCACAGCGCCCCCUGCAGGCGGAACAUGUGAGCGAGGCGUCUCAGCGGGGGUGUAGACUGACUGAUCGGGCAGCAGGGGGCGCUGUGUUUUAUUUCGCGUGGCGUUUCGGGUUAAAGGAAAACUCCUGGGCAGCGUCAGCUUCCUCACUUCCUCUUUUCCAUUUGAUUUGUUUUUUUCUAAGUGAAGCCGUUUUCCCUCGAGCUGCCUCCUGUUCCCACUACAGGUAGUGAACGCACUACAUUUCCCAGAAUGCCUUUCUACGACCCUGGAGUGUGAGGCUUCUGUUGGGUUUUACUGCCGCAGGAACACACAGACAGCAGCAGGAGCUUGUUUUCUUUCUCCUGGCUAGAAAUUAAAAGUCAAAGUAAAACUGAAGCGGCCCAGUUGCUGCAUUGCAUGCUGGUCCGUCGAGGCUGCAGCGUUGCAUGCUGGUCCGUCGAGGCUGCAGCGUUGCAUCCUGGUCCGUCGAGGCUGCAGCGUUGCAUGCUGGACGGUUGGACGUGACGUCACUCCGACGGCUGCUGUGUCUCCACGGAGUUUUCCUUUGACACGGCCAGGCACUCCAGAUGUUUAGUGCGUGUGUGUGUGUGCGUGUGUGUGUGUGUGUGUGUGUGUGUGUGUGUGCGUACAUGACUACAUGUUAAUUUAAAGCUGAUUCCUCUCUCUCUCUGUUCUGAGUUCAUGUCGCUUUCCCAGUUUGUUUUAGUGCCUUUUCUCUCAGACACUCUGAAAUAAAACAGUAUACCUCUCGA